AUGGCCACCUUAGAGCGAGCUAGAUUCGAGGAAGAUGUUUUGCCAACCACCCUCGACAAGCUCAUCAUUCCAAAAGCAGACGACGGCAACUUCGCAUUGACUGCAUUACCCGAGGCCGACUCCAUCACCGAAAUCGUUGAAUCUGUCCUCGGCCACUCUGUUGAGCUGCACCGUCUUCAAGCAUCCGGAGCAGAAGGUCAAUCAGGCUGUUCCAUCUACUUCGUCCGGAACAGUACCCACCCGGAAAGAACCGUCGCCGUCACAAAGGUAUAUCCGCCAGCAUGUCAUAAAGACUUCUUUGAAGAGCUCGUUGCAUAUCGGAGGUUGAUAUCUCUUUCCGAUCCACCGUCUGCUGCUCGGCCUCUUGGAGUGGGAAGGACGCGCGAUGAGAACACCGCAGAGCCUAUCGGAGUGAUUGUCUACCAGCUCGCAGCAGGUAAGGCAAUCAACACAAUUAUCCGUGACAUUGGCCGAGUCUCCACUCUCCGACGGAUCGCAAAGCAGCCUUGUCCCGACGAAACAAGGGAAAUAAUGAAUGAUAUUGUUCGCGGUGCACUCCAUGGGAUCUCAAUCAAUCAUAAAACACAACAAAUCCAAUCAUCUAAUAUCCCAACUGCUCAGAUGUUGGAUUGUCAAUUCAAUGGACUGAUGGCCGACUUGAUUUCCGCCGUCCAAGGAGUGGCAUUAACAAUGGCCAAGCUGCACCGGGAAAAGACCGAAUGGAGCAGUGCCAGCGAAUCUGUCGUCGAAAGACUCCGCAACAAGUUACAAGGUUGGGUCCAAGAGAUUCAGGGCCCAUCGCGAAAGCAGUAUGAACGCGCUAUUGGAUCUGAUAAAAUACAGCAAUUGGCCUCAUUGGUUGACCGAGCGAUUGAAUAUUCACGGGAAGAAGGUGUAGCCUCACUACUGCAUGCCGAUGCCUCGCCGGGAAAUUUCUUCUGGGACCCCGUUCAAGGAAUUACCAUGAUCGACUACGGGGGACUGACCCGCUCGAUAGAUGCGAGCGGCCGACCUAUUGGACCGGCGGAAAUGGAUGCGGCUGGGUUUCACGAGCGACUGCGAAAGUAUGCCGGAGAUUUCGGAAUGAGUGAAGCUGAUAUUGGCCAGGUUCAGAGGGAGUUUUGGAAAGCGUACCAGGCGCAGGGUAUACCAAUCAAUGAAGGGCUUGCACGGUUGUUCAAAACACGCACACAACUAUCUCGACUAUGGUCUGCUGUGGAAAAGCAAGAUACAUCAUGCGAUGAACAUAAAGCUCUCCAGCUCAGCGAAAAGGUUAAAUUCGAAUGGGAACGUCUUGUCAAUAUCUCGCCCGAAAAGACCCAACCUUGGAGAGUGCUCGUCCUUGCCAAUGCCAGUGGGCCAGGUAAAGGAGGUCUGCCUCUGUUGAAUCAAGAACUAGUCAAGGCCAUGUCAGAAAUCCCCAAUGCAUCAGUUACUCUAUUCAUGGUAGAGCCUGAGAAUGAAUUGGCAUGGCCAGGGCAUGGUCGUGCUAAAGUAGUCUGCAUUCCCUCUAGGGGAGCCGACCCCGGUGCCUUGCUCUACCAUGUGGCGAAGGUUCAACAGCCAGGAGAUUAUGGUCUGCCCAUUCCAGAUGACCAGCAUCCAUGCCCAUUCAAUCUCAUCAUUGGCCACUCGCGAUACUCUAGCACCGCAGCUUCCUUGAUACGCGAGAGAUGGUAUCCCACAGCCAAGCUCGCGCUCAUCACACAUACCAGUGCUCUGCGCAAGUCCGACAUCGCAUGGAAGUGGUACGGACAAACACGCGAGCAAGGCUAUGUUGAAGCCGCUCGGCUAGCAAUGCUCGACGAGAGGAUUCUUCCAAAAGCAGAUUUGGCCGUUGGAGUAGGGCCUGUACUCACAACUGAAGCACGCGAACGCGAGUGGAUGGGCCAAUGCAAUCGGCCACGAUCCAACAUGACAGGACCUCGCUUCCAUGAACUAAUUCCAGGCGUGCGCACGGGCGAUGCUUGCACGCAACAGCGACAGCCCAACGACCUGUUUCGGGUCCUCCUCGCUGGUCGAGCAGAUGAUCCCGCCAAAGGCUUAGACGACGCCGUGUACGCUGUGCGCAAGAUCGCACUCUCUGGCAACGAGAUCUCCCUGGACGUACUGGGGCUCCCGGCAGAAGACGUGGAGCGCUGGCAGCAAGCCGUCGAUGAGAUGACGGGCAUGCCAGACCUCGUCAGAUUGCACCCUUUCUCCGAUGACCCCGACGCGGUCUCGCGGUUCUACUGUAACGCGGAUUUGGUCAUAAUGCCCUCGAUGCACGAAGGCUUCGGAAUGAUUUUCACCGAAGUGGCCGGACUGGGCGUUCCCAUCUUAGUGACGCAGGAAAGUGGCGCAGGUCAGUUUGCGCUUGAUCGCACUCGCAUUCCGCUGGGACUUGGCCAAGCCUGUGUGGUGAUGGACGAGAGCACAUAUGGAAUUGUCCCUUCACCGACAAGCCAGCGCGUAGCCGUCUGGGCUUAUCGGAUCGACCAGGUAAGAUGUUACCCGGAGCAAACGAGACGGCAUGCUCGUUCUCUACAGCGAAUCAUGCGAGGUUAUUCGUGGAAACACGCCGCUAAGGCUCUGCUUCGCUCCGCGAUGGAGGGUGAGGGAGAUACAGUGCAGAUGGCGCAUGGCAGCGUUGCACUGGCUUAUUCAUCAUGGUCUCGUCCAUCGCUUGGGAUGAGCGUGGUAUCGUCAAUGCGGCGAGCUGCACGAACGCGAAAUCGAAGCGGAAAGCCGACUUUAAAGCAGGCCGAUGAAGUAAUGCAAAAUCUUCCAGAGAUAGCCCCGACUGUUUCGGCGCUAGAAGAGCAUGUGUCUGCUACUGUUGGGUGUCCUGUCAACUUGCGGAGUCUGGAUCCCACUCAUCCCGGGGGCUUUUCUGGUGCUAUCAUUUUCUUUGCUUUUGCCAACGAUGGACUUACCAAUGGAGAGACAACGUUGUCAUCUAAUGACCGUGCGGUUGCUGUGGUUAAACUGUUUGUCCACGGCUUGGAUAAUGGCAUCACGGAGGAGUUGUCAAGCUUAGAAUGGCUUCUUUUGCAUACAAAGGGGGACAUCAAGACUGCCGCCCCGUUGGCCGUUGGGCAGAUGACGUGGGAUACGAAACCAGCUGGUGUGGUCACAUAUCAAGUUGCCCCCGGGGUAUCCCUUUAUCAGCUCAUGAUGCAGAUGGGCCCCCUACCGCCGGGACCUGCGAGAAGAGACAUGCUAUCCGCCUUCAUUGCUGGCGUACAGGCAGUCGCACGUACCUUAGCCAGAUUACACACUCAUAGCGUUGAAGGGCGACCAGGCACAGAGUAUCUCCAGUGGUAUUUUAACGCAGCAACAAAACGAGUCCAGCAGGCAUUGCUGUACAAAGACCUUAUUCGUUCCGCGGGACUCGAAGCCGACCAGCUCCCUGAGAAAAUGAAUCAACUUAUUGCCGAUUGCAAGCGUGAUAUUGCUAGUCAUCCGCGCACCACUGUCGUACAUGGGGACGCCCAUCCUGGGAAUUUCUUCUAUGACCGCGCGACAGGGCAUGUCACUAUGAUCGACACGACGACGCUACACUGUUCUUUGGAUGAGAACGGUGAGCCGCUUGGUGUACCGGAACGAGAUUUAGGCCAUUUUGUGCAUAUGCUGCGACGAACAGGCGAACAGUAUGGCCUUACGCGACAGGAGAUGCAGGAGAGCACUACCGAUUUUGUAGAGGCAUAUCUUGGGAAUGCAGCAGCGCCGGUAAGCAUCGAAAUCCUUCGGUUCUUGAUGUCAUGCUCGGCUCUGUCAUUCUUGAAUUAUGCGGCGCAGUCAGAUCAGACAAAAGUAGAACUGCAGGUUGGAAUUUUGCAGGAUUUAUUUCGCCUUGGAGAGGGUUGGACACAACUGGAUGGAAUGCGAGGUUUAUAA